UCUCUCUCUCUCUCUCUCUCUCUCUCUCUCUCUCUCUCUCUCUCUCUCUCUCUCUCUCUCUCUCUCCACCCUCCUCUAUCUUCCCCUCUCUCAGUACCUUCCUGUACCUGAAGUUUCUGGUGGUGUGGGUGCUGGUGCUGCUGGCAGACUUUGUGUUGGAGUUCAGGUUUGAGUACCUGUGGCCCUUCUGGCUCUUCAUACGCAGUGUCUACGACUCCUUCAGAUACCAGGGGCUGGCGUUCUCAGUGUUCUUUGUGUGUGUGGCGUUUACGUCUGACAUCAUCUGCCUCCUCUUUAUCCCUGUCCAAUGGCUGUUCUUCGCUGCCAGCACCUACGUCUGGGUCCAGUACGUCUGGCACACAGAGAGAGGAGUGUGCCUGCCCACCAUAUCGCUAUGGAUACUGUUUGUUUACAUGGAAGCUGCCAUCCGCUUCAAGGACCUGAAGAACUUCCAUGUGGACCUGUGUCGGCCCUUCGCAGCUCACUGUAUUGGCUACCCCGUGGUGACACUGGGCUUUGGCUUUAAGAGCUACGUCAGCUACAGGAUGAGACUGAGGAAACAGAAAGAGGUGCAGCAGGAGAAUGAGUUCUACAUGCAGCUCCUACAGCAGGCUCUGCCCCCAGAGCAACAGAUGCUACAGAGACAGGAGAGAGAGGCAGAGGAGGCGGCCAUGGCUAAAGGCGUGUCAUCAGAGGUGGACCUAGCACCUCCGGUCUCCCAAAACGGGGCUACUCCCGGCAAGAAGAGCUCUGUUAACUCUUCUGUCCCCUUACCGGAACUGGAGUACCGGGAGAAAGGGAGAGACGGGAAUAGCAAGGAACGGGAGGGCAAACAACAACAACAACAACAACAACAACACACAAUAGGAAUCAACAACAACAGUAUCCUCCACACACUGGACUCUACAUUACAGGAGACAGAGUAUAUGGAGAACAUGGGGGGGAAGAGACUGAAUAACGACCUCGGAGGAGGAGAGAUCACACACACUCCCAAAGAGGAGGUGGGGGGAACAGGAGGAGGAGGAGGAGGAGGAGGAGGAGGAGGGAAGAACUACAAAAACACCAGCGGAGGCGGUGGGGCCACCAACUCCUCACCUCGGAAUCACAGCUCCACCAAUGGGAUCGUGCCGUCGUCUGGCUCGUCCAAUAGGAACGAGAAGAAGCAGAAGUCGGCGGGGAAAGGAGCAGCCAAUCAGAAGGAUCCCGUGGAGAACUGCAUUCCCAACAAUCAACUGGGAAAGCCGGACGCUCUCGUGCGGUUGGAGCAGGAUGUGAAACGGCUGAAGGCGGACCUGCAGGCAAGCCGUCAGAUGGAGUCAGAUUUACGUUCUCACCUCUCCUCCCUGACCAGCCAGGACAGGAGUCUGCGCUCAGAGCUGGACCAGCUGCGACAAGACAACGAGAUGCUGCAGAACAAGCUGUACAGUGCUGUCCAGGCCAAGCAGAAGGACAAGCAGACCAUCUCCCAGCUAGAGAAGAGGCUGAAGGCAGAGCAGGAGGCCCGGGCGCUGGUGGAGAAACAGCUGGCUGACGAGAGGAAGAGGAAGAAGGUGGAGGAAGCCACCGCAGCCCGGGCUGUAGCUCUAGCCGUAGCAUCCAGGGGUGAGUGUACUGACUCCCUGCGUGGUCGGAUCAGAGAGUUGGAGACGGAGUGUAAGAAACUCAGCAUCGACAUGAAACUCAAAGAAGAACACAUUAGAGAGCUGGAGGGGAAAUGCCAGGAGCUGCGUAAGUACAAGGAGAAUGAGAAGGACAUGGAGGUGUUGAUGUCUGCGCUGUCGGCCAUGCAGGAUAAAACCCAGCACCUGGAGAACAGCCUGUCUGCUGAGACCAGGAUCAAACUAGACCUCUUCUCUGCCCUGGGGGACGCCAAGAGACAGCUGGAGAUCGCACAAGGUCAGAUCCACCAGAGAGACCAGGAGAUAGCAGAGUUGAAACGGAAGAUAGCGGAGGUGAUGGCGGUGAUGCCCAGUAUCUCCUACAGCAACGACAGCAGCAGCCUCAGUGCGGUUACACCACACUACUCCUCCAAGUUCAUGGACAAUAGUCCCUCUUCCCUGGAUCCCAACGCUUCUGUCUACCAGCCACUCAAAAAGUGACAAUGACACACACAUUGAUACACACUAACGCACACACACACACACACACACACUUACAAGAAUACAGAUUUACAAAAUACGGCCUACAUAGUCACAUCCACUCAUACAUACAAAGACACAAACUCUUUGGAAGCGAUUGGAAAUGAUCUCGGCGCUGUCUAAGACUAUCUUCUCCAAAGUGUUUUGGUUGUGUUUUGGUUGUGUUUUGGGAACCAGUUGCGGUCGGAGUCUCAGCCCCGUCGUUCUGUUAUUCUCUGUUUGUUCCCACGGUGAUGCCUUUGUGGGGUUUUUUGUGGAACAGCUGGAGAGGUAAAACUACACGAGGGAAGAUGUUUAUGUUUUGUGAUUGAGCCACUCUGAUUUGAACUGGUAAGAGAGACUUAAAGGGACACCGGAUUAACUGUAUCCUGAAUGGCGCCCUAUUCCCUACAGCCCAUGAGGAAUGUUCUGAGGGGAGAGAGAGACCGAUGAGGACUGACUGGUUAGUUGGUAUAAAUGUCUAGAAAGACCCAUCGUCUUGUUCUCUUUCUCUCAGUGCUUCAUGUUCUCUCUCUCUCUCAGUGCUUCAUGUUCUCUCUCUCUCAGUGCUUCAUGUUCUCUCUCUCUCUCUCAAUGCUUCAUGUUCUCU